AUGAAGCUGAUCAACAUCAAAAGACCCGUGAUCGCUAGCCCCCGAUACGGUCACUUUCUGCUCGGAAUCGUUUGUGGACUGAUCGUGUCCCGGAUGCUGCAACUUCCCGGCUCCGUCGAGAUCGCGUCGAGGUUCCCGAUCGGGCGUCCCAACCUAUCCGAAAGCGUGCGAGUUCUGUGCUGGGUGAUGACAACCCCCGAGAACCAUCGGGAUAAGGUACCGCACAUCAAGGCCACCUGGGGUGCCCGGUGUAACAAGCUACUAAUCAUGAGCUCGGUGGCCGAUGAGUCGAUCGGUAGCAUCGGGCUGCCGGUCGGUGAGGGUCGCCAGAGUUUGUGGAACAAAACGCGUGAAGCUUUCCGGUACAUCUAUCGGCACCACUUGGAGGAGUACGAUUGGUUCUUCAAAGCGGACGACGAUACGUACGUGGUGGUGGAAAAUUUACGCUACUUCCUUCACGCGUACUCGCCGCGGAUGCCGAUCUACUUCGGCAGCAAGUUUCGCUACCCGGAGUACGUCCGGCAGGGAUACUUCUCCGGCGGGGCCGGCUACGUGCUGAGCCGUGAGGCGGUCCGGCGCUUCAACGAGAUGGCCCUCGAGGACGAGGAGCACUGUUCGGCCGAGUACGAUACGGAGGAUCUGGAGAUGGGCAAGUGCAUGGAAAGCGUUAACGUGACGGCCGGGGACUCACGGGACGAGCUCGGAAGAAAACGCUUCCUACCGAUGGAGCCCGUCUUCCACCUGACCAGCUCGGUGACGGAGGAUCCGGACUUCUGGUACAACCAGUACUCGUACUACGAGCCGUACUACGGAAAGAACUGCUGUUCGGAUUUGGCCAUCAGCUUCCACUACGUGCCGGGGAAACAUAUGCACAUGAUGGACUACCUGAUCUACGAUCUGCGGGCGUGGGGAUCAAGCUACACUUAUCCGCCGCUCCCGAGGGAGAAAAGUCUCCAGGAGGCGAUGGCCAUUGCUGGACCGUAUCCGAUCAGCACCAUGCAUCCGGAGGCGGAGAUUUCAAGCACCGAAGGCCAAUCUACCACGGAGCAUGGUCAUUAG